CCCGGUCUCUUCCGAGGGUUUAUCCCGGUCCAUCCCGGUCCCUCCCGAGGGUUUAUCCCGGUCCCUCCCGGUCUUUCCUGCUGUCCCGUGUCCGAUCCCUCCCGAGGGUUUUAUCCCUGUUCCUCCCGGUCCUUCCCGAGGGUUUAUCCCGAUCCAUCCCGGUCCCUCCCGAGUGUUUAUCCCGGUCUCUCCCGAGGGUUCAUCUCGGUCCCUCCCGAGGGAUUUAUCUCGGUCCCUCCCGGUCCAUCCCGAGGGUUUAUCCCGAUCCAUCCCGGUCCAUCCCGAGGGUUUAUCCCGAUCCAUCCCGGUCCCUCCCGAGGGUUUAUCCCGGUCCCUCCCGGUCCCUCCCGAGGGUUUAUCCCGGUCUCUCCCGAGGGUUCAUCCCGGUCCCUCCCGAGGGUUUAUCCCGGUCCCUCCCGAGGGUUUAUCCCCGCCCAUCCCGAGGGAUUUAUCCCGGUCCCUCCGGUUCCCUCCCGAGGGUUUAUCCCGGUCCCUCCCGGUCUCUCCUGGUGUCCCGUGUCCGGUCCCUCCCGAGGGUUUAUCCCGAUCCCUCCCGGUCCCUCCCGAGGGUUUAUCCCGAUCCAUCCCGGUCUCUCCCGAGGGUUUAUCCCGAUCCAUCCCGGUCCCUCCCGAGGGUUUAUCCCGGUCCCUCCCGGUCCCUCCCGAGGGUUUAUCCCGGUCCCUCCCGAGGGUUUAUCCCGAUCCCUCCCGGUCUCUCCCGAGGGGUUUAUCCCGGUCCCUCCCGGUCUCUCCCGAGGGUUUAUCCCGCUGUCCGGUGGCCCCCGGCAUGCCGCUCUCCGUCCCGCUGUCCAUGCCGCUGUCCGUCCGUCUGUCGGUGCCGCUGUCGGUGCCGCUGUCGGUGCCGCUGUCCGUCCGUCUGUCCGUGCUGCUGUCCGUGCUGCUGUCCGCCCCGCCCGGCCCGGCCCGCGCUCUCUCCACCUGCCGCACGCUGGACCUGGAGGCGGCGCGGCUGAAGCGCAUCGAGGCCGUGCGGGGCCAGAUCCUGAGCAAGCUCCGGUUACCGGCGCCGCCGCCCGAGCCCGGCCCGGCCCCGGCGCUGCCCGAGGACGUGCGGGCGCUCUACAACAGCACCCGCGAGCUGCUGCGGCAGCGGGCCCGGCUCCGGCAGCCCGAGGAGCCGCAGGACUACUACGCCAAGGAGCUGCUGCGCUUCCCCAUGGAGAGCCCCGGGGAAGGUGACACGGAGCGCUGGCGCCCCUCCCCCCGCAGUCUCUAUUUCCUGUUUAACGCCUCGCGGGUGCGGGCGGGGCUGGGCCGGGCCGAGCUGAGCCGGGCCGAGCUGCGCAUGCUCAGACAGGGGACAGCGCAGGGGACAGCGGGGACCGCGGGGACAGCGGGGCUGGAGCAGAGAGUGGAGCUCUACCAGGGUUUCGGGAACUCCUCCUGGCGGUUCCUGCACGGCCGCUCCGUGCGCGUCACCCCCGAGGACGAGUGGCUCUGGUUCGACGUCACCGACACCGUCCGCCAGUGGCUGCGCGGCUCCGAGCCGCUGGGGCUGUUCCGCCUGAGCGCGCACUGCCCCUGCGAGCCCGGCGGCGACGGCGACAGCGACAGCGGCGCGCUGCGGAUCAGCAUCGAGGGGUUUGAGCAGCAGCGUGGUGACAUGCAGAGCAUCGCGCGCCGUCACCGCCGUGUCCCCCACGUCCUGGCCAUGGCGCUGCCACCCGAGCGCGCCCAGGCCCUGCACGGCCACCGGCAGCGCCGGGCACUGGAGGGACAGCACUGCGGGGGGUAGCCCGAGGAGCAGAGCUGCUGCGUGCGCCCCCUGUACAUCGAUUUCCGGCGGGACCUGCAGUGGAAGUGGAUCCACGAGCCCCGCGGGUACAUGGCCAACUUCUGCGGGGGGCCCUGCUCCUACAUCUGGAGCGCGGACACCCACCACACCAAG